AGUCGUUGUGUAAGGUUCUUUCGUAAUCUGCUCCUCUUACCAGCUGUUCCGUUCGUUACAGAAAGGCGUUCUCGAGGUGUCGAAGGACCUGAGAAACAGAAUGGAAAAGUGCGUUGACGUCGCUAUGGAAGACGGCCGCUUCUCCGUAUUAACCUUCGAACAAGUAAGUCGCCUAGAUGAAGUCCUGCAAGAAGUUUUACCCAUACACGGACGUGGAAAUUUUCCUACCAUCGAAGUUCGUCUUCGUGAUCUCGUCGCCGUAGUCAAAGCGAAACUCGCGGCAGAUUCAGUGAAGGUCCGUGACAUUCGUCUGAACGGUGGAGCCGCCUCGCACAUCCUUGCCACAGACAGCGAUCAGCCGUACAACGAUCUUGAUCUCAUAUUCGCUGUAGAGCUGAGCUCGCAGAGGAGUUAUGAUCGUGUCAAGAACGCUGUGCUCGAUGCCUUGCUCGAGUUUCUGCCUCUGGGCGUCAACAAGAAACGUCUGUCUUCGUGCUCACUCAAGGAAGGCUACGUCAACAAGAUGGUCAAAGUAAGCAACGAUGUAGAUCGUUGGUCACUCAUUUCGCUCUCGAACAACGGUGGUAGGAAUAUUGAACUCAAGUUCGUCGAUACCAUGAAGAGGCAGUUCGAGUUUUCUGUCGACUCAUUCCAAAUCAUAUUGGAUUCCAUUUUAUUUUUCUACGAUUGCGCUGAACUGCCUAUUAGUGAGACCCUGUAUCCCACAGUGCUGGGGGAAAGCGUGUACGGUAACUUCAGUGAAGCCUUUUAUCAUCUGCAGAACAGAAUGAUUGCCACUAAACUGCCCGAGCAAAUACGUGGCGGUGGCUUACUGAAAUACUGCAAUCUGCUCGUCAAAGACUACACUCCAGCCAGCCCUCAGGAGAUCAAAACUCUGGAGCGGUACAUGUGCUCGCGUUUCUUCAUCGAUUUCCCUGACGUGACCCAGCAGCAGAAUAAGCUUGAGUCCUACCUGCUGAAUCACCUGGUUGGCGCUGAUGAGGGCCUGAGGUACGAGUACCUCCGACGGCUUCACAGAGUCGUGGAUGAGUCCACAGUCUGUCUCAUGGGUCACGAACGCCGUCAGACUCUCAACUUGAUAGACGAGCUCGCGUGUCAGGUUUUCUACACUGACCAGCAACUCAUGUACACAAAACAGCACCAGAGCUGCAACAGCAGUAGCACCAGCAGUAACAGCAGCACUUGUGGCAGCAUUGAUGGCACCAGCAACAUAAAUGGUGGCAGCAACAGCAGUGGCAGCAGCAGUCUAUCCAACAGUAGCUAUGACUUGCACAUCGCGCCGCCACCUCCCGUCAUUUUCAGCAACGGGUAUUACUACGCACCAAUAGUGCCCGCACCACCUCAGUCAUACACCUGCACAUGCGGUUGGUUGCAGUGCUCGUAGUGGCCAUUUUUGAUGCUGUUCUUACUAGCGCAGAUGUUUUUCGUCGUCGUGCUCUUAGUUAGUGCUAAGCCUUAUUAUCUGAACUGCUCCCGGGACCUCCCGCCUCGCAUCAAUUUCUCAUGGCCUGCUUACUCAGCUGUUCAAAACCUGUUGAUGAUCAGCUCGAGGAUGUCGAAGACUUUUCAAUAGCCAAUUUUUCCGGCCAUUUCUCAUUCAACUAUGAUUAGUUCUAAGGAAUCAAUCUCAGCGCCAUAGUCUCACAUAAUCGAGACGAAUAUCUAAAAUUCGCGUAUGAUCAGAAUCUUCACUUUAAUUGUGUACUGUGGGUUCGUGAGUUGCAAAAACUCGACGAGUGUCCAUGCCAGAUUUUAGGCGAAACAUUUUCAUCGUCCCGCACGUUAAUUAGCAACAGUUUUGACUGUUCGAGCCCUUCAGUGCGCACAGUAUUUUACGAACGAGACAAGUUCUCAUGAAAUUGCAAAUAAGUCUACGGUUCAUUAUGAAAAAGAAAAAUCCUUCCGCUGUACUAUUCAAAUCCUGAAUGAGCAGUCGUCUAAUCUUCCAUUGUGAUAUAUAAGUGAAUUGCAUAUAUAUAGUGUUUGUGAGUGCGCUGCGCCAUAUGCCGUCGAGUGAAUACUAUAAGUUUUAUAUGCUAAUAGUGUAAUAUAAUCUCUAUUUACGAAUAUUGUGACUAACGUCAACUCGUGUAUUGUUGACGGAACACGAAUAUUUCUGAUUGUUGUGGGAAUCUAUACGAUUAAUCGCCAGCAGCGUUUUGGAAACUUUACAUAAGGCGUCUGCCAGCAUUGAAGAUCUUUUAUUUUUGUAUCGGAAAAAUGAUGAAAUGUUUUUUUUUUGCGUAAAGCAAUGGAAACCAAAGGAACUCGUGCGUAAAAAAAUCAGUGGUU